AUGAAAGGGCUUCUAUUUGUUCUCUCGGCGAUCUUCGGUAUUACCCUAGCUGCACCGGCAACGUGCACUCCGGAGAGAGCCUUGGUAAGGAAAGAAUGGAGAGAGCUGGGGUAUGCUGAACGGAAGGACUAUAUUGAUGCGCUAUGGUGCCUACGCGAUCGCCCGUCUAUCCUACCCAGCGAAGAAUUUCCCGGGGUUCGUGACCGUUGGGAUGAUUUUGUUGCGUAUUGGAACUGGGCCCUCGACACCGAAAACCUAGCCGAGAGCCCAUUAUUCGACGGCAGUUCCACCUCUCUCUCCGGCAACGGCGCAUACGUACCGAACGAGCCGAUGCCCUGUACACCCGGAGGGAUAUGCUUCCCCCGAGGAACAGGCGGAGGCUGCGUUGAGUCAGGGCCAUUCAAAGACCUUCAAGUUCACUUGGGACCAUUCAAUUCCUCUCUAGCUCAGUCCUACGGUUCUCUCCCCGUCAACGCAUGGGACUACAAUCCGCGUUGUCUAUAUAGGAGCCUGAACCAAGCUUUGCUCGCGGCGCUGAACAAUCAAGCCCGGAUUGAUCAAAUGCAAGCAUCGACCAACAUCAGAGACUGGCUCGCAAUCAUGUCCCCAAGUAACCCGGAUUUAACGAGCUCACAUGGCGGCGGCCAUGGGGCUGUGGGAGGUGCCAUGGCCGAUUUCUUCGCGUCGCCUCAGGAUCCCUCGUUUAUGUUGCACCACGCCUUUAUUGAUAAAUUGUGGGCGGAAUGGCAGGAUCAGGAUCCGGAGACUAGGCGAUAUGCUGUUAAUGGUACUACUGUUAUCUAUGAUCCGCCGGGUGCUCCGGUGGUGACGCUGGAUACUAUGGUUGAGUUUGGGGAGCUGUGUCAUCCUCGCAAGGUUGAGAAGAUUAUGCAUCCGUUGAGGAAUGGUUAUUGUUAUACUUACACUUGA